GAAGAAUUGAGAUCGAGAAUGGUAUUAAGCGCUGAAAAUUGAAAGGAAAUAAAAUUUAAAUACAAGUAAACAAAAUGUCGGAUGAUACCCAAUUCGAUUUUAGCAAAUGGGAUUUUCCUGUGGAUCGUAUAUGGUUGCAUAUACCGCCCGGUGAAAUGAUUGCCAAAAUUUGUACCUUUAUACCGGUUUUGAUUUUCGGUUUAAUUGCCAACUACGCCAUUAUACGUUUAAUCAUACUUAAUCGUUCCUUGAGAACACCCACCAAUCUGAUUAUAGCCAAUAUGGCUAUGGCCGAUUUUCUUACGCUCUUAAUAUGUCCCGUGUUGUUUAUGAUAAAUGAUUUCUAUCAGAACUAUAUGUUGGGUUCGGUGGGCUGUAAAAUGGAGGGAUUUCUAGAGGGAGCUUUUCUAAUAACGGCCGUUUUAAAUUUAUCCGUAGUAAGUUAUGAUCGUUUGACAGCUAUAGUCUUACCCUCUGAGACCCGGCUUACCAUGAGGGGUGCUAAAAUAGUGAUUUUUCUAACAUGGCUGGCUGGUAUAUUAAUAGCUCUACCAUUGGCCAUUUAUCGCACAUAUAAGGUACGUCAAUGGAAAAACUUCAAGGAAAUGUAUUGUAAAGAAAAUCCUAAUAUUUUACCCAAAUAUUGGUAUGUUUUGAUAACCGUAAUGGUCUGGUUGCCCUUAAGUGUUAUGUUAAUCUGUUACUCCGCCAUUUUCUAUAAGCUGGAUCGUUAUGAAAAACGUAAUUUAAAUCGUGAGCAUCCCUUAACCGUCUCCUACAAGAAAACCGUGGCCAAAACUCUUUUCAUAAUUCUAAUUGUUUUUGUAACCUUACGUCUGCCCUUUACUAUAUUGGUCAUAUUACGUGAUAAAAUCAUAGCCAAUACCAAUAAUAUGGUCAAUAGCCAAUUUCGUUUGUUAUGGUACAUUUCCCAAUACCUAAUGUUUUUAAAUGCUGCCGUUAAUCCCGUAAUAUAUGGCUAUAAAAAUGAUAAUUUUCGUAGAGCUUAUGAUCAGACGCCUCUGUGUAAAUGUGGCCGGAGAAAACCUUUAGUUGACAAUAAAUUGCGUAAAAGUCAACAAAAUUUAUCCAGUGAUUCUCUUAAAUAUGCUAAAGAUGAAGUGGUGCAAGAAAAGUUCAAUAUGAUUUGUACACGGAGCACAAUAGAUGAUGAAGGUUUUAUUUAA